GGCGGGAAUGGACGGAAGGGCGGGGCGGCCUCUCAUAUAAAUAGCUCCGCUCCCCCAGCGAAGUCAGAUCAAACCACUUUCCACGUGUUGAUGGCCACGACCACUGACUCCGUAGCGCGUCUUAGUUUGGCGGCCCUGCUUCUACUCGGGUCUUUCUGGUUCUGCCCAGCGCGAGGCGACGCUCACUCUCUGUCCUAUAACUUCACCAUCACUCCUCGGCCCAGACCUGGACAGCCGUGGUGUGAGGUUCAUGGCCAGGUGGACGGACAGGUUUUUCUCUCCUAUGACUGUGGUCAUGCUAAGAUCAUAUUCACAAGUCCAUUGGGAGAAGAAGUGAAAACCAUGAAGUCCUGGGACACACAGAUCGAAACUCUCAGAGACAUCAGGGACCAACUGCGUGACUUUACACUGGAGAAACACAUGGUCACGGACCCUCUCACCCUGCAGGCCAGGAUGACAUGUCGCUGUGAGGAUGACAGACACAUCAGUGGAUCCUGGCAGUUUGGCUUGAAUGGACAAAUGAGCCUCCACUUUGAUUCAGAGAAUGGACACUGGAGAUUGGAUCACCCUGGAGGCAGAUGGAUGAAAGAGAAGUGGGAGAAUGACAGAGCUGUGACCAACUUCCUGAAGAAGGUCUCCAUGGGAGACUGCCGGGCCUGGCUUCAGGGUUUCAUGGUGCGCUGGGAGAAAAUGUUGAAGACCUCAGCAUCACCGACCACGGUCCCCCCUAGAGUCCAGCCCAGGGCCACAGCCAUCAAGACUGAAGCCUGGAUCCUCCCUGUGGUCCUCACCAGUUUCAUCAUAACUGUCUUCCUGGGCUGAGUCCUUUCAAAGAACAGGAGAUGGUGCUCCCAGGAAGCCCAACAGGUGCUCUGUCUGCCUUUCUCUUGUUCUUCUCUUUAGAUCCAGGAGAUCAGACCCCAUGAAUCCUGAGUAUGUUAUCCGGUUGCUGUGACACAGUAGAUGCAUCAUCUCAUGGCCUUUAUCACAUUUGAUGAAAUCCUACUCAGCAUCUUAAAAUACAAAAACAGAAACAAUUUAUUUCACCACUUUUUUUUGGUGAUACAUGAUGGAAUACCUAUACUUAAAUAUUCAAGUACUUGAAGAAAUCUCCAGAAACAGGACAUUUUUCAUCUUAUUCUAGUUUGUGGAUAGUUAGACUAUUCUGUGCCUCGUGACCUCAUUCUUGCAAGUGAUAUUGCAAGAAAAAUGCCAUUUGCUGUUAUACAACUCAGGGAUUCUUUCUGUGUCUGGAGAAACCACUUCAGCCUAUUUUCAAUUGAGCGAAGUUUUAUUUAUGACUGUCUCCCUUAAUAAUUUAUUAUGCUGAAAGUGAAAGUGUUAGUCGCUCAGUCCUGUCUGACUCUCUGCGACCCCGUGGACUGUAGCCCGCCAGGCUCCUCUGUCCAUGGGAUGCUCCAGGCAAGAACACUGA